AUGGAUAACUACACAGAAGAAUUUAUGAACGACACUUACUUCCGCGUCAAUGAUUGCGAGAGUUCCUUAAAUAAAUAUAGUGUAGCGACAAUUUUAACAAACAGAGUGCUGCCAAUCGUGGUCUUAGGUGGAAUUCUUGGAAUCAUUCUAACUGUCAUAGUUCUGAGACGCAAAACAAUGUGUACAUCCACAAACUGUUACUUAACUUCAUUGGCAUUUGCUGAUUUGCUCUUUUUAGUUUUGUUAUCACUCCAGUUGCUGAUAGAGAGAAUAGUCGGAUGUGACUUUUAUUCUCAAGAAAAGUAUAUAGUAAUACAUCACUAUGGAAAUAUAUUCCAGAAUUCAGCUCAUAUAACAUCUGUGUGGAUUACAGUCAUGUUAGCUGUAGAGCGCUAUAUUGCUAUCUGUUAUCCACUAAAAGCAAUGGCUAUUUGCACUAUUAACCGUGCAAGAUGUAUGAUAGCAAUACUUGUCAUUUCGGCAUUCAUGUGCAGAAUUCCCAAUUUUUUUGACAUGACGCCUACAAUUCACAAAACUAAUGGAAGCUGGAUUGUAGAAUGGAACUGGAAUUUCGAUGCCUAUAACAUUGCAUUGCAUACAUUUAUUGUAGAUUGUGUUUUGACUGCGAUCCUGCCGUUUAUUGCAUUAACCAUUCUGAAUAUCAGGUUAAUAUUAGAGAUUCACAAAUCAAGUCGUUAUCUGCGCUAUCAUCUUGCUGCCGAUUCUAAUGUUCAAACUGUUAUAUCUAGAGAGCAGUUAAAAAUAACAGUCAUGUUACUUAUAAUAAUACUUGCUUUCUUUCCUUGUCAAGGUCCAACCAUAUUUUACCAUGCUGUCGAAGCUAUUUAUAAAAGAUUCAAAGUAACCGAAUCUGAUAAAAUAUUCGGCGAUGAAAAAUCUUACAGUCAAUUUUUAGCUGCUGCAAGAAUACUCCUCGCCCUGAAAUCAUCACUUAAUUUCAUCAUCUAUUGUUGGUUUAGUGAAAAAUUCUGGAAUACUUUCAAAAGAAUCUUUUGUUUAAGGUAUUGUUUACCAAAACAACUUCCCAAACGUAAUGAUUGCAUACAUAUUCGUGAAUUUCCUGAAUUAUCUUAA